CCACCACAGUACAUCAACGCACACAGAACGAACCCAAUCCGCCAUCACUCGCCUCGUCACCAUGUCUGGCGAAGGCCCCGAAUCCAUCCCAACGUCGGCAGACUCGCGAUCCCACCGCCCGACCAAGAAGCGCGCCCUCACCCCCGUCUCUGCCCAGGCAGCCUCGGUCGACGCCCUCUUCGCGCAUCCCGACCGCGAAAUCCACAUCCCCAGCGCUGGCUCUGCCGUAUCACGGCGCCUAGCACCCCCUGAGAUUGUAAGCAAUGUUCAGGGCUCUAGUGCCGGUGCGGGAUCCGGUGAAUUCCACGUCUACAAGGCAGCGCGCCGAAGGGAAUACGAGCGGCUCAAGGAGAUGGACGAAGAGGUGAAGCGCGAGAAGGACCAGGCGCAGUUCGAAAAAGUCAAGUCUGAGCGCGAUCGCAAGGACGAGGAGAAGACGAGGAAGAAUCGCGAAAAGAGAGAGAAGAUGAAGGCUCGCAAGGCCAACAAGGGCAAAGGCGGCGCAAACAAUGGUCCCUCCCAGAAGCCGGACGGCGCGAUAGCAUCCAAGGUCCAGCCUCGUCAAGACAACAAGGCCGACGACGACGAUAAUAAUGUCAAUGACAGUAAGAAGGAUAUAAAGACACCAGAAGUAUCAAAUGGUCAGACUUCCGUAGCAAGCGAGACGUCUGCGGCGCCGCAGGGUAUCAUAUUCCAUGACGAGGAUGAUUGAUAUGGGCUCAUGUCCACUUCCACAUCAUCACGUCUACAUUGUACAUAUAACGAUACCCCACGGAAAUCAAAAGAGGCACUGGCAUAUACACAUACAGAUUCAUUAAACAGUUUAUACAUUUCAACUUUUUUUUAUAUU